AUGACUAACUCUUCUGCUGGGCAGCCUGGCGAGGCUACGGACUCUAAAACCGCGUUUGUGAGCCAUGAUAGACAGACUGAUGCUCCUCAACCAGCAGAUGGUAUUACUGGGCUAUACGAGGGAAAUGUUUUCGAAGCGACACCAGAUAAUCGGCGACAGAUCGGGGUGUUCAGUGCCACGCUGCUGAUUUUUAAUCGAGUUAUUGGUACGGGUAUCUUUGCGACUCCAAGUACCAUUCUGCAGUUGUCUGGAAGUGUGGGGUUGUCUCUUUUUAUGUGGGUUAUUGGAACUGCGAUCGCCAUGGCCGGUACGGCUGUGUAUCUUGAAUGGGGUACUGCUAUUCCCAGGUAUGAAUGGUGGAGAAAGAAUUACCUCGAGUACGUUUACAAAAAGCCCAAGUUCCUGGCCACAGCCAUGUAUGCAGCCUACACUUUUCUGCUCGGCUGGGCAGCAAGCAACAGUGUCGUUUUCGGUCAAUAUAUCCUCAACGCAGCGGACGUAGAGGUUGGACGUUGGAACCAGCGUGGUAUUGGCUUAGCCUGUCUGACCACAGCGUUUCUUAUCCACACCAUUGCUCUGAAAUGGGGACUUCGACUCAUCAAUCUCCUUGGUAUUGUCAAGUUGAUCAUUGUUGUCUUUAUUGCAAUCACUGGCUGGGCUGCAUUGGCAGGUCAUACCAAAAUUGACCCGCCGCAUAACUUCCACAAUGCCUUUGAAGGAACUAAGGGGAGUGGAUAUAGUAUUGUCAUGGCGUUGUAUAACGUUAUUUGGUCAUUCAUUGGCUAUUCAAAUGCCAACUAUGUUCUCAGUGAGACGAAGAACCCGGUCCGAACGUUGAAAAUCGCGGCUCCCAUAGCUAUCGGCUCUGUUGGCAUUUUGUACAUGCUUGUGAACAUUGCUUAUUUUGCUGCUGUUCCGAAAGAGCAAAUGAUGAAUUCUGGAACUGUUGUUGCUGCCGCAUUCUUUGGAAAUGUCUUUGGUAAAGAGGCUGAGAAGGUGAUAUCUGUUUUCGUGGCAUUGUCGGCAUUUGGGAAUGUUCUGUCUGUUAUAUUCUCUCAAGGUCGAAUUGUUCAAGAGCUAGGUCGUGAGGGAAUUUUGCCUUUCGCCAGUUUCUUUGCCAGCAACUGGCCUUUCCAUUCUCCGGGUGCUGGACUGUUUGAACAUUAUAUUGUUUCAGCCAUCAUUUUAUUGGCUCCGCCACCGGGUGAUGCCUAUAACUUUUUGUUGAACCUCAUCUCUUACCCACUGUCGAUCGUCAACGUAUUCGUCUCUGGGGGUCUCAUUUACAUUUACCUGAAAAAAGAGAGCGAAUUCCCGAACUGGAACCCAGGAAUCCGUGCAACUCUCCCCGUGACUGGGUUCUUUCUCUUAUCGAACAUAUAUCUGGUUGUCACACCGUAUAUCCCACCAGACGCAGGCCAGAAUGUCUAUGAGAGCUUACCAUACUACCUCCACUGUGUUGUGGCCUUGGGGAUCUUUGCAGCAGGAGCUAUUUACUAUCUUGCGUGGGCAGUGGUGUUACCCCGGCUGGGCGGAUACGUGCUUGUGAAGGAGUCCGUUGUGGAUGCGGAUGGUUGGUCUCGAAGUGUUUUUACAAAGCUGCCUAAGGCUUCCACGCGGCAUUCUUGA